AUGUCCAUCUCUAAAUUUAACCCUCCAGACCUCACUGCACAUUCUCUGCCCUCUUCCCCAACUCCGCCCCCUAUUCCUGCAUUUUCCACCUUUUUCCAUCCACUUUUCCGGAAACCCACCUCGUGUCCCCGUCUUCUGUCUGCUUCCCCAGCCAGAAGAAGAAGUCGAUUACUCUCUAAAUCGUCCGAGGAAGCCGAUGUGUCCGCGGAAGAGGACGAGUGGCUGAAGCGAUUACCUGAGAAGAAGAAGCCUCUGUACUCCCACAGCUUGCCCUGCGUGGAAGCCUGGCUGAAGCAAUUAGGGUUUUACCAAAGCAAGGACGAUCGAGCCGUUUGGUUCGUCGAGAAGCCCGAUUGGCACGCCCAGUUAUCUCUUGAUGUUACCGAUCUCUACAUAAGGUAUCUGAAGGGUGGAUCUGGAAAUCUUGAGAAAGAUGUAGAACGGAGGUUCAGUUAUGCACUGAGUAGAGAAGAUAUUGAGAAUGCCAUUCUCGGAGGGCCAUAA